AUGGUCAUCAUCCUGUCAUGUUCUGCUUGGAGACCGAGGGAUGGACAGGAUGACCCCCGGAAAACAGGGCUUCCUUCCCCACUUCCCAGGGAAACAUUCAAAGUGGUAGAGGAAUGGGGGCAAAAUGGGCCAUCCAGAUCAAGGGACGUCAGACCUGUUUGCAUUCAUGGCACUUUGAGCAGCAGGGCUGAGCUACACUGCACUGUUCAAACAGACUCCCCAGCCCAGCCAGCUGUGGUGGGGAAGGACCAGUGCUUGAGGGGGGCCCUACCCACCAGAGACAUGGCUGGCUCAGGGCUCUUUGACUGGAGGGGCAGCUGGACUCUGUCAUUGCUGCUGGCCUAUCUCUGCUACCUGCUGCUGGGUGCUGCCAUCUUCCAGCUGCUAGAAAAGCAAGCAGAAGCUCAGUCCCGAAACCAAUUCCAGAUGGAGAAGCUACGCUUUCUAGAAAACUACACCUGCCUGGACCAGUAUGCCCUGGAACGUUUUGUACAGGUCAUUAUGGAAGCCUGGGAGAAAGGUGUGAACCCAACUGGCAACUCCACCAACCCCAGCAACUGGGACUUCAGCAACAGCUUUUUCUUUGCAGGGAUGGUUGUCACCACCAUAGGCUAUGGAAACCUGUCCCCCAGCACAGAAGCAGGUCAGAUUUUCUGCAUCUUCUAUGCCCUGUUUGGGAUACCACUCAAUGUGGUAUUUCUCAAUCAUCUGGGUACAGGACUAAGGUCUCACCUAGCCACAAUGGAUACUUGGGGGCAUCAACCAAGACACAACCAGGUGGUACAGACCCUGGGCCUUGCUCUGUUCCUGACUGUGGGGACCUUUCUCCUCCUCAUCCUUCCCCCCAUGGUCUUCAGUCACGUGGAGGGCUGGAGCUAUGGUGAGGGCUUCUAUUUUGCCUUCAUCACCCUCAGCACUAUUGGCUUUGGGGACUAUGUUGUAGGCACAGACCCUGACAAGCACUACAUCUCUGUGUACAGGAGUCUAGCUGCUGUCUGGAUCAUCCUGGGCCUGGCCUGGUUAGCUCUCGUGCUACCUCUGGGCCCCAUGAUCCUGCACCAACUCAUGUACCUCUGGCCACUGAACAAGGAUCCAAGCUCUAAGAAGGGCAUAACUCCUGAGGCAGAUGGGCUUUCUCACACCACCAAGCUCCCUAUAACCAUAUGAGUUCAUGGAGCAGUCCUAACCUACACACCAGCCACCUUUUCUUGCCUUCCAGCCCCCACAUAGAUCACCUGUAGUAAACACAAUCCCUUUACGGUACCCUAGUCUUUCUUAUCCCUGACCCUGCCUCCCCUCUCCAUAUCCUUCUCUUCUGGGUCAUUCCCCAAGGGCUCUCCAACAAGAGGAAGGAAGCCUAAAACGUCCAGGUAAAUGAAUAAUGGAGACCAAAGGAAAAAAAAAAGACAAACAGAAAGGCACAGAAUAAGAGAUACACGCUCACUCCAGAUUUGCUUGUCCCUCUCUUUAUCCCUCUAGGUUCAUAUCUAGAAUUCAGCCUCCCAUUUUAGUGACCCUCACCCCAAGCCUCUAGGAGACUGCUUGACUCACAGAAGAGACCACAGACCUUCUCCCCAUAGCACACCAACAAAAUCCACAAUAGCGACACCAUCACCAGACAAACCUUAAAUUCAGGUGCUCUGCUCCUUCCCAAUGCCCAUCAUUUAGGCUUUCUUGAUUCAGGAGGGAUGGUUAUAUAAUGAGGGCUGUUCAAAGAGAUAACAUCCUCUGCCUGAGAUGUACAAUGGAGAAAUGGUAGAAGUGAGCGUGUGUGAGGCAAUAGUUACCUGGACGCUAUUGCCUGGCUUUCCCAAAGGACCAGGGCUGGAGAAGUCAUGCCCUGAAGUAUGGAGUACUGUUCACAAACACAGCUUCUGAGUCCUAGGACACUACAGCUAGGCUUCCUCCAGGGACUAGUCACCCUCCUGGAUAUUUUCCCCGUUUUCCCAUGCCCUAUACCUGUGUCUGUGUUCUUUCCUCUCCGUGCCUUGUUUAAAUACAUGCUG